GCUUUUUCCUAUCUUGCAUGAAUUUUUGAUCUGCUAAUUCAGGUAUUCCUUUAUCUUAGAAAAGCUCUUCUCAGAUUUGGAACAGAAGAAAGUGGAAGAAUGAGGAAACAUGGCCACUAUGGUUGCGGUCUGUAGUGGUCUAGGGAGGAAGAAGUUGACAUGCCUGUUAACAGCAACUGUUUACCUUGCACAUCCUGGGACUCACAUGAGGCCAUGGGGAAGAUGUUAUAAAUAUAAGCAGGUAACCAGCAAUGAGAACCUGCCCAUUCCAAUGGAAAAUCCUUAUAAGGGGCCUCUUAAGAAAUAUAUCUUGUGUGGAAAGUAUGUAAAUUAUAAGAAUAAUGUACCGCUUUUGUCCCAUUGUAUUUCUCCAUUUACUGGAUGCAUUCAUGGAAGGCACAUAACAGGUCUUUGUGGGAAGAAACAGAAAGAAAUCACAAAAGCAAUUAAGAGAGCUCAAAUAAUGGGGUUGAUGCCAGUUUCAUACAAGGUCUGCAUAUCUCAAAGACCCCAAAGUUUGUAACAUCAAAUAUCAGGAAUAAAA